AUGAAAGAAAUUAUUGCGAUAAUUGUGUUCUGCUUGGCUCUCAUAAAGGGCGAGAUAAAUUCGGAAAUUUUAAUUGUUUCCGAAAACAAUUGCCAUCAGGUUUUCGACAAAGAUCAAGGUCAAAUCACAAGCCUUGGUUAUCCGACAUUUUCUUCAAGUAAUAGCAGUUGCACAUACGUUAUUAAAGCUAAAAAGGGUCAAGUUAUUUCCUUGCAAUGGAAAGAUUUCAAUCUACCAGCUGGUCACGAUCGUUUAUGCCAUGGAUCUUCAGACUCAGUGGUUGUUUAUGACGGCCGCCAAAUAGGCAUUAAUAAUUUAUAUACACCAAUGUGCGGUAAUCAUUCGUUUGAUAUUACUUCCAGUGGUAAUAUGAUGACUGUUGUUUUAUCUUCCACAUCUGAUGAAUUCGAUAUAAUGAGCUUUUAUCGAGGUUUUAAAGCUGCCUAUAAAUCAAUGUCACAUCACUGCAAAAACAUGAUUUAUAAAACUGGUUAUGGAGCUAUCGCUAGUCCCCAUUUUCCUAUGGCUUAUCCUGCAAAUUUAGACUGUGUAUACACGAUAAAAUUAAAUCAAGAUCGUGUUAUGCUACUAGAAUUUGCGGAAUUUGCAUUGAAGCCAGUUAAAGGAAAUAACAAUAAGAUGGCAAUGGACGAUUGUGAUGAUUAUGUAGAAGUCUAUGAGGGUGCAAUCAGUCAGCGAAAUCGUUAUUUUAGACACUGUGGAUAUUAUAAACCGCAUCCUAUUACUACUGGUGGUAACAUCGUCCAUAUUAAAUUACAUUCUGCAAAAUCCCAACUUGCGCUGUACACUGGCUUCAGAGCAUUUUAUUACUCGGGUGUUCCUAAUAAAUGUGGAUUGUUCUAUGGCACUCCGUCUGGAGCUUUAACUAUUCCAGUUAUACCACAAACUAGCGGUAUUAAUGUUGAAUGCCAAUUUACUAUUAAAAGUCCGCAAGUAGCUUACUAUCGAGUUCGUUGGUUAAGUUUUGGCCAAGAUCUUUUCAAGAAGGGUUGUGAUGAAAAUAAUUACAUUGAAAUCUACAACGGAUUUUAUGACAAGAAGGAUAAACUACUAGCUAAGAAAUGCGAUACAAAAUUAGAUGAAUUUGAUACGCAAUAUAAUGAAAUGUUGGUACGAUUCAAGAUUGAAAAGUUCAAUCCGUCAAGAAAUUUUAAAUUUAUAUACAUCGGAGUUACAAAUAAUACGGUGAAGGUUAUAACCGAUAAAAAUCAGACUUGUACGGCCAAGACAACAAUUGUUUAUCGAUAUAGCGGACCAGAAGUUAUUAGCAGAGAAGUGAAAUGUGAAUUAUUUUCCAUUGGUGGAUUACCAUUUUGGGCAUCGCUCCUGAUUGUAUGCGGUGCCGGAGGUGGUGGCUUAGGAGCUAUCAGUGUAGCAUUUUGCUUAAUCCGUAGACGAAUUAGGGCUCGAAGGCGAUAUCGACGAUUUGAAAGGAGUGAUAGCGAAGGAUCGCUAUAA